AAGAAUUAGUAUCGAAAAAAAAACAUUAUUAUUCCAGUACAGUUUGUUUUAUCCUUGUGUUAUAGAGUAUUUUGACUUACAUACAUACAAGUGUUUUAUUUGUUAUUUGAAAAGUUUUAGUUGGCUGUAGUUAGUUCAUUGAAAUUCAAACAAUAUCUUGUGGGAAGCUUUAUAUAAUAUAUGCUGUCAAUUAUUUGAUAACUGUCAAAUUACAAACGUCACGAUGACGUAUAAUCACGCCACACCGUUCUCGUCCCUGAUUGGCUGGAAGUUAUGCAUCGUACAUGUGUAUUGUUGUCUGAGGAAAGUCUAAAAUAAAAAUUAUUAAAAAUAAAACAAUACGCAAUAAUUAAUGAUGAAAUUAUGGCUGAUCCUGCAAUCUGGAAUGAAGCUAAAAAUAAAGAAAUGGAAUUCACCAAUGGCAACCUCGGCGACGGAUUUAAUAUAGACGAACUGUCAGGAAUUGAGGAUUUCUUGUUGACAAAUCCUGAUGUCCUAGGGAAUAAUCUGGUGAUCGAUGAUAACUUCUUUGAGCAACUGAACGAUGAUACUCUGCCAGUUUGUAAUGACAGUUAUGGAAUUUUUGAUAAUUCAAAUGUAUUUCAAAACCCUGAGUUGUAUACACCAACGCCUAUGAAAGUUGAAGAUCAAGUUUACACGCCUCCUUUGUCGUCACCUGAGCAAACAUUAAGUCCACCAAACUUAUCGCCAAGUUUAAAUAAACAAACUUUACCCACACAACCUGCAGCUCCUAUAUUUAUGUACAAUGGAAACAUUGAUUUCAAGCCUGAUACAUUACUAAACCAACCACAAGUGAUAUCCUUGCAAAACCCUAUAGUAAACAACCAAAACACACUUAUUUUCCAUCCGGUACAAAACAAUACGUUUUAUGAUAUCAAAACAUUCUCACAUGCCCCGACAAGAAAUGUACCAAUUGCAAAACAGAAACCUGGUCGAAAACAACUGGCAGCUCGUCAGACUACAAAUAAUGUGCAACCACAAAAAAUCUUUGUGCCUAAUAUGAAUACAAUGCAGGACAAGCAACAUGUAUUAUUGCAAGCAAAGUUAAUCAAAUCGGAACAACAUAUAAACAAAACUGUUAUGUAUACUACUACACCAAUUGCUGUAAUCGAUGACAAAUUGGCUAUCAAAGAUUUGUCCCAUAAAGAACCAAAAGUGAAAGAAGUCAAACGCAGUGCCCACAAUGCUAUAGAACGCAGAUACCGGACAAGUAUCAAUGAUAAAAUUAUUGAACUGAAAAAUAUGAUUGUUGGGGUUGAUGCUAAGUUAAACAAAUCAGGCAUCCUCCGCAAAACAAUAGAAUACAUUCGCUUUCUACAAAAUUCGAAUGCAAAAUUAAAACAAGAAAACAUGGCACUGAAAAUGGUCAAGAAAACAACACUAAAAGACCUAUUAGCAACUGGUGUCAACGAUGACUCUUUCAAAGAUUCAUCUUGCAUCCUAACACCGCCAAGCAGUGACGUAUCAUCACCAUCGUUGUCACCAACACAGUCUGAUAAUUCCUUACCGUCUUCUCCUGAAUUUUCACACAUGAAAGACGACAUGAACGACGAUUGUAUGUCGCCAGUUCGCGGAAUGUUGGAUCAGUCUCGCAUGGCACUUUGUGCUUUCAUGUUUUUAUUUGUGGCUUUCAAUCCUUUCGGUACGAUGUUGACAGGAUUUAAUGGCAAUGAUGAUAUGAAUAAUGUUAAAACUCAGGCUGGACGUGGUUUACUUGGAUACGGUGAAGGUUCUGAAGCCUGGUACUUUAGCCCUGCUAUAUUUCUCUGGUUGUUUAAUUCUGUAAUAAUGGCUCUUGGAUUGAUUAAAGUUUUGGCGUACGGGGAUCCGAUUUUGCCGGCGAAAUCUAAAGAAUCUUCGACGUUUUGGAGACACAAAAAGCAGGCCGAAUUUGAUCUAUCAAAGGGUGACAUUUCGCUAUCGUCUCAAGAACUAAAAAGAUGUCUACAGGCUUAUGGGUGUUCUCUACCAGCAUCCAGAAUGGAAUAUUCGGCAGCAAUAACAUGGCAAUUAUUCAGACUGAUGUUGCACAGAUUAUGGAUCGGAAGGUUUAUUUCUAGGAGAGCCGGCGGACUUUUUGCUGAUGGUCAAUCUCGUGCCAUGGCUUUAUCAUCUGUAAAAGAACUAGCUCUGGUGUAUCAUCGUUUGAAUCAAUUGGAUCUUGCAAGUGGAUCAUCCAGUGGAGGCCUUUUAUUGUCUUUGGCCGCCGUUAAUUUGGGCGAAGCCGCUUAUAAUCAUAUGCCGGCUGAGGAAAUGGCUGAAAUAUACAUCACGGCUGCUUUGAGGGUGAAGUUAUCGUAUCCUAGCUUGCUGCAAGUCUUGUGCAGGUAUUAUCUAAGUGCAGCUAAGCAUGCGCUAAGCCUGCGUUGUGUACAAGCCCCGGCAAGACUCCAAUGGAUUUUUACACCUUUUGGACACAAAUUUUUUUUAAAUGAAAACUGGAAAUACGGGCAAGAGGCAAAGGAAUCGAUGUUCAGCAAUUUGGGAAACAAGGCGGAUCCGUUGGCGUACGUUAUGAAGGUGUACAGGGAAAAACUACUGGAAAAAGCCUUGCACGCAAUUGUAACUCCAGAUAGCCAACAUUCGGAGUCUUCUAACAAUUCCCAAUCAUCUAUCACCAAUGCUCUGAUGUACGUUGAAUGGUUGCAGGACAACGUUUCGACGGAGUUGACGGUUGCAAGAACUGCAUCGGUCACCAACGAAGUCUGUUGUGAAGAUGAAAAGGCGCAUUGGUGGUCGUGCAUAACAGGAAUUGCUGCCAAGUGGUUUUUGGGACAAGAUUUGGACGCACAAAAUUUAUACAGCCGGGCUGAAAACUUACCAGCGUCGUUAUCGGCUAAAGACGAUCCUUUGCCGAGGGCCGUUCUGGCUUCUCUUAAGGCACGGAAAAUGUUUCUGGAGAAAAAGAAAAAUCUUUCACAUUUCGUUGGUGGUGAUAUCUGGGACAUGCUGAAUAUUUCUGGAAAUUUACUAGAAGACUCGUUGAAUUACACCGCGGUGCAGGAUCCUAGCAAUAUAACUUUGUAUGUGCAGCUUUUGUGUUGCGAUUGGAUUCUGGAGACAAGUUACGGUUUGUGGGAAGUCGAAAUUGACACCAAGUCUGGUUUAAAUGUGAAACCAGUCGCUCCGAAUAUUCUAACAAAUUUCCAACGCGAUUUGUCGUCGUUGAGGAGACUUACUGAACGCCUACCGACUGCUUUACCGAGAGUUUUUCUGUACGAAGCAGUUUGCAGACUGAUGGCAGGUGCAGCUCCUGGACCAACACAAAUUUUACUCGAUAGAAGUUUGAGGCAUAGGAAUUCCAAACCGAGUGCGAUUUGUGGAAAAGAAAAAUCUAGUAAUUCCGAAGGUGGCGAAAGGGAACGUGCAGCAGCCCUUUAUGUAGCCUGUCGACACUUACCAGCCCAAUUAUUAUCAACACCAGGAGAACGUGCUGGUAUGUUAACAGAGGCUGUUAAAACAUUAGAAAGGAUUGGUGAUCAGAAAAGACUACACGAUUGCUAUCAGUUGAUGAAAUCGAUGGGAACAGGUUCCAUAACGAAUUAAACAUACAAACGAUAGAUGGUAAGAUUAUCUUAAUUUUAAUAGAUGUUUUAGUAUACUUCAUCAUAAGGAAAAUAAUUUUAGUACGUGAAAUAUAAUUUUAUGUAACCUAUUGGUAAAUUAUAUUUUUUUCCUUGCAAUAUUUUAAUGUCCAAUUUUAGUUGAUAAUAUAUAAGUAUUUAGUUUAUAUUUACGAAUGUAUCAUUGAAGGUAUAAAACACCAAUAAUUUUUCUUUUUAAUUAUUUAAAUAGUACUUAAGAUUUAAUCUAAUUAUUUUUUGGAGUAUA